UGUCAUACCGCAAAAUUGCACGCUUGGUCCGUUGUAUCUAAAGAAUUCAUGCGGAAACGUAGAUAAUAUUUAACAUUAGAGUAGAAUCAUUACACGGGUCUGAAACACAAGAAGGAAAUGGAAACGUUGAGUUUACUGCAAACGGUCGUGGUGGCAGCACUUAAGUGACGCACUUACUCAAAUCAAAAACGCGUUCAUUUCGAAAAUGAUUCCUUGAUGUUUCGGUACUUGCGAAAACGCGAAAAUGAUAAACAUUACGAUUUUAUUAAUGAUUUGGAUGAGUUUCGUUCACGCCGAAGAGUGCUGUGAAGGGAACGAAUUAGAAGAAGUGCAAUCGACGUCCUGGGGGAUUUACCCAAAACAGUGGUCGCUUCAAAACAGGAUACCCAUGAUAUCAGAAUUCGACGUCGCCAGGAAGCGGGAGACUCGAGGAAAAUUCAAAGUGAAGAAAAAAAUUAAACGUUUCCUACUGCCGUUACUUUUAGCUUACAAAUUAAAAUUUUUCACAUUAAUACCAGUUUUAAUCGGUGGACUUAUCCUCUUAACAGGAGCCACCGGAUUAGCAGGAUUUUUCUUCGCCCUUUUUGCUGCCGUUAUGGGACUUAAAACCGGCGGCGGGCAUUAUUAG